AUGGAAGAUGAGGAGCCUGUAGAUGAAGAGGUUCAAAUGGAGGCGCCCGGUAAAGUGCAACCUAGCUUCAUCCUAGCAAGUAUCGCACACAUCGGGGGGCCUUCAAGUGAGAAAAGUAUAGGAAAGAGGCCCAUUCAAUUUGCUCCAUCACCCACUGUCGAUCUUUCCCGUGCUCCAUUCCUUCCCGCCUUAAAACUAAACUUAUUCCAAAGAGACCUUCUAAAACGUAAGGAUAGGUUAGGAGAGGUUUCUAACAUUCCCCUUAGUGGAGGGUGUUCAACCGUAGUCUUGAACAAGGUCCCGGAAAAAUUGACGGAUCCGGGCCUUUUUACCAUUCCAUGUUUGUUUGGGAGUGAUACCGAGUGUAGGGCCCUAGCCGAUCUAGGAGCGAGUAUAAACCUAAUGCUAUAUUCCAUGUAUGAGAGGUUAGGUCUAGGAGAGUUAUCCCCUACACGUAUGUCUUUGUCUCUAGCCGAUAGAUCAGUGAAGUAUCCACGUGGUAUAAUUGAAAACCUUCUAGUUAAAGUGGAUAAAUUCGUCUUUCCCGUAGACUUUGUCGUUCUUGAUAUGGAAGCCGACGAGAAGGUUCCUAUCAUUCUAGGACACCCAUUCUUGUGUACCGCCAAGGCUAUCAUCGAUGUCUUUGAAGGAAAAAUCACACUCCAAGUCGGUGAGGAGAGAGUUACUUUCGAGAUAGCACGCUCCAUGGAACACCCUAGUGGUUCCGAUGAUCUUAGUAGUCCUAGUUAUUCGGUCUAUUUCAUAGAGUCUUUCUUAUCAUGUGUAGACCAUUGCUUUGACUAUAUUAGUGGAGCCGAUUUAGUUGAGAGUAAGUUAGAUGAGGUAGUUGAGAAGGUAGAGGAGGUUGUGAGUGAGAGCGAGGAAGUAGAUGAGACCGAGUGGGUCCCCGAAGUGCUAGAGUUGAGUGAAGUGAAAAGUGAGGUUGAAACUAAAUGA